AAACAAAACAUUUUCCAAACAAAUUUUUUGACAACCCCAUAAUGUCUCCGAAAAUGUUGAAGUUUUCAUAAUCUCCCCUCAAAAAAAAAAAAACUUCAAACCCCCAAAAAAAUUGAUGAGUGUUCAAAAUGCAUAGACGCCAAAGCGGCUUGAAGGCGUUCAGAGAUGGAUCGAAUCGUUUGGUAGCCAAUAAACAAACCAACACGCCGAAUAAUUUCGUAUUAUGUUCACUUUGCGAAGAGAAAUUUAACCCGAAAAAUUUACCGAAUGGAUGUUUAGGCGAUCAAGAACGAAGCAUUCGCGAAUACAGCAACGCCCUCGAUUACAUUAACUCCUGUCAUUCGAUCAUAAACCACAUGAUGGCUCAAAACAAAGAGUUCAAAGAAAGUUUCGUGGCGAUGCCGAACGUGCCUAACUUUUUAGAAUUAUUUUCGGUACUUUUAACGCAAGAUUUUGAAUCGAAACGUCACCAAAAAGAAGUUUUUGAACCGCGCAAUACAAGAUCGGGAAUUAUUAAGAAAAACGAUGAUGGUCAUAACAGGCUUGUUUCGGAUAGUGAGACGUCCGACUUUGAAUCGGAAGUUUUUAUUCGCGCGAGUAAAACGAAUUUACAAAAAUUUAAAAGCAAGUUACCACGAACUGAGGAAACCAUUUAUGAAGAAGAAAACCAAGAGAAUGUUGUAACGAAAAGAUCGAAAAGCGUUAAAAAAUCACCGACUUCAUCACCUCAAAGAAGUAUGAGAUAUAGUGAUGCUACUUUACCGAGUACCCAAGAAGUUAGCAAUAAAAGAAGUAAACCAAGAUCUUACUCGGCGAAUGCACCAAGAACGAAAAACGUGAUUGAGAAAAAAAGUGGGCAUGAUUUAAGCGGAAAUUAUUCUGACACUGUUAUUAGUGGAAGUUGUAAACAAAGCGAUUUAACUCAACAAGAUUUAGACAAAUAUGCCAAAGAACUUCUUGGGUCUGAACAAGGAACUCCUAUUCAUUCCCCAAGAUCAACCUCCCCGCAUAAUCGAACCCCAAACAACGAAAAAUCCCCAACAAGAUCUACCAGAAAAUCCCCCAAACCAACAUCUCCAAAUCAAUCAGGUCAUCGUUACACAGAAAUCUUAAAAACGCGCUAUUCCGAUACUCAACACCGCCAAAAUGCAACUUUAGCGGACUCUUCAAAACCACCUUCAUUACAAAAAGUGACACACACCAUGGAAGCAACUCCAUCUCAAAAUUUAGAUCAAAAUGGGCAUCAUAACCAAAAUAUUCGGCGCCAAAAUCAAAUUAAACGUCAAAAACCGUCGGUUAGUCAAUCGAUGACAGAUCAACAAUCUCCGAGUAGAUCCCAACCAAUAGGUGUUAAAAUAUCUUCACAACCCGGUAGUAAUUACGCGUUUUUUGGCAAAGAAAAAAUAAUCAACGAAGAAGUUCCGUAUGAGAUGCAAGAUUUUGCCCAAAUUAAUAAAAAUCGCGCGAAAAUAUCUUGCGAUAAAGACCAAGAUGUAUACGAGGGUCGCAAAGUAAACUUAAGAACAACCCCGUCGAAAUUGGGCGUGCAAAAAGGAAAAUUAAAGGAGCAAUUUAAUAUGAGGAAAUUAUCGCCGUCUGAUAUGAAAAUAAUCGAAUCUCAAGUUAAGUUGUUUGUUGGUCAACAUGUUAAUGAAUCGGAUGGUAUUAAAACCGAUUCGGAUAUUGAAGAAGAUUGCAGUAAAAAGCAAGUUGAAGAUCGGCCGGUAAGAAUUAGCGAUGAAAGGCCGCCGAAAAAUUUUAGGAGGAAACAAUCAGAAUCGGAAGACGAUGAAGUGGUGAAAUUUCCGGAAGAACAUGCUUAUUCAACGACGACGGAUGGUUACCAAAGGAUCCAUCAAAUCGGGAAUAAUCAAAAAAAAAAUGCAAUUUCGGAUGAAUCUUCGGAUAUAAAAAGCGAUGACGAUGUCGUUUAUGAUCAACGGAAUUCGCGGCCGGUUAACGUUCAUCGAAGAACGACAGGUAAUUAUCCGUUUAAUUAUGCGGCGGUUAGACAUUAAUAAAUUUUCAGUGGAAUCGUGUGUGUUUUUAAGAUUGUUAUUCGUAAGUGUCGCAUCUUUUUUAUAUAUUUUUUUAAUGAAAUCAAUAAAUGUGUAUUGACUACAUUUUAAUAUAUUCUGUUUUAUCAAUACCAUCUUUCAGCUGAUGUACCUAUUUCAAAAAAGAUUAGUCGAAAAUAUGCCAAGGAGGCUAAACGCUGUCCAAACAUACUUAGAGCUCCUUGAUGCAACAUGCGAAGCAGCUAAGAACACAAAGGAUUUCCAAAAAUAAAAAGCAUACUAGAAAUGGCUAAAUCAAGUUACACCAGGAAACAAAGCUAAUUGUAGAAAGGAACUGUCAAAAUAUAAAAAAAUUUUUAAGACUACCUUAGACGAUACAUGGGACAAAAAGUGUAAGGAACUAUACUAGUUAGGAACCUAGUACGAUCCUUAAAAAGCAAUAACAAUGAAAAAUUAAACAUACAACUCAUACCUGCAUCAGUUUGGAAAGAACAUUAUGGAAGCGAAUUGACAGAACAAAGACCUCAGUUCAUACAAACCCCAGAAACUCAUAGAGUAGAAGGACCUGCGAACCAGGUAAAAAAUGCACUAAACUCAAUGAAAAACAACAAGGCAAGCGAUCCAGAGGGGUUUCAAAUUGAACUAAUAAAAAAAAAUUCCAUAGGCUUGGAAGAAAACUCUAAUUCAUAAAAGAGGAGAUGGAAAGAACUGUAAUAACUACCGAUGUCUAACAAUCACAAAUUCCUUCUUACGGUCAAAUAGUCAAAAAAUUUGAUACAAGAAGAAUGGGCACCAUGUGAAAUGGAUAAUAUAUUCAGUGUAAACCAAAUCACAGAGAAGAAAGUAGCUACAGGAAGAACACAUCUCUUAUUUGUGCAAUGGAGUCCAAAAAAAGUGAUGUCUGAAAGAAACCAGGCUGGAGGUUUGCAAUCGGAAGUCGAAAAACGCUAUAAACCACCAUUAUAUAUACAUAUAAACAGCUAAUCUGUCAACAUUGUCCUAAUUGCUUGACUUUGUCUCCACUCUAUUUAAUAUCAUUUUUGAUAUCAUUCAACAUAGACAUCAUUGGUCUUCCUCAACAUCGUGUUUGGAUCUUCUUACAUCUCCUCGCGAUAUUUUGGCUUCCCUCAACAUCUUGCCCAUCGUUCUUAAUUAUUAAACAUUGUCCCUGACUUCUCUCAGUAUCAUUCUUGAUAUCUUCUGUAUUGCCUAUGGCAUCAACAUCCAUUGAUCGUUUUCAUGCUGAUCUUUUCCAACAUUGUAGAUUGAUAUUCGUUUUCAUCUAUGUUAAUAAGACUAAAAUAUUGCUUUUGUAUUUGGUAAUAACUAAUAACUAUGAUAAGGAGAAUUUUUAUUGAAAAAACUUAUCUUACCUCUUAAAGGGGUCCUCAUGGCGACGAUACUUCUUGACAUCCAUCGUUAAGAUUGGAAGUUGGAAUUAGUUCUGAUUGGAAUCGUCGAUUUUUGCAGUAUUUAUACGAUUCUCGAUGAAGAAAUGUUGCUUUAUCAAACGUGUACCAGUCACGAACCUUUUUUGGUGUGGUAAUUGCUUUGGAAUUUUUUGGGUAAUGUUAAAGUUUGAUAAAGGCUAUCGGCAAAUUCUUUUCCAAUAAUAGAAUUACCUGCGACGAUUCAUUAUAAUGAAAUUCUCGAAGAAUUCUUAAUCUGAAAAAGUUUGUUAACUCAAGUUAUGUCAGAAAAAGUGGAAAUUUCAAAAAAAUCACAUCGAUCUUAAUUUGAAGAGUUUGAAUGUGAUUUAUAUCUCAAAUUGAAGAUAAAAAGUUCAAUACCUGCAUAAUAUGUAGAAAUAAUGGGGUAACAUAUAAAAUAUUUGUAGAAAAAAACAUCUAAUAGGAAAAGUUGUUCUUUAAGGUUAUGUAAGAAAAAGCAACAAAUCACCCAGAUCUUGUCUUGAAGAGUUUCGAUGUGAUUUAUAUCUCAAAUUGAAGAUCAUCCAGUACCAUUCCGAUGUGUCCGUUGAACUGUCACGUAGUGAAGAAAAAGCGAAAUCUAAUAAAUUUGAUAUCGCUGAGUUUUCUGCUGUCACUUAGAGUGAUAAUGAUCAAGAUUUUGCAUCAAAUUAAUCAAUCUGUCAGAUACUUGUCUUAGAGGAUUAACGUUUUAUCCCUUUUAUUACAUCUAUAACUGAAAACCCAUAAAGGAAAUGAAAAUCAAAAACUUUAUUAAAUCAGAAAAGGCGUAUUUAUUAUUAAUAAUAAUUGUUUUUAAAUUAUUUACGAUACAAUUGAUUAGAUAAUUGGUUAACAUGGUAUGUAUUGAUAAAGUUGGAGUGGUUUCGCUUAAUCAUCCAAAACAUAUGCUUCAUAAGCAUCUUAUCUCCACUUAAUAAUGCGUCAAUUAUUAUAUAUAUUGUUAGGAGGCCUUCAAAAGUGUUAAAUCAGUCGCAAAUUCCGGUAAAUUAAGUGUUUAUUUUAACUUGUGGUUUCCUUAAUAAUAAUUAAUAUGACUAUGGAUGGGGAUGACGGAGGUGGCCAUGGUGGACAUCACGGAGGCGACCAUGGUGGACAUCACGGUGGGCAUCAUGGUGGCGACCAUGGUGGACAUCACGGAGGCGACCAUGGUGGACACCACGGUGGGCAUCAUGGUGGCGACCAUGGUGGACAUCACGGAGGCGACCAUGGUGGACAUCACGGUGGACACCACGGUGGACAUCAUGAUGGACAUCACGGUGGACAUCAUGUUGGACACCACGAUGGGCAUCAUGAAGGACAUCAUGAUAUUCAUCAUAGACCCCACAUACCACCGUCCUCACGUGUAUAUCCACACCGUCCCAGACCAAGAUCAGAGUGUGUUUGCUGCACGAUUCUUUAAAACAAUGUUAAAACCACCACAAAAAUUUAAAAAGAAAGAUAAAUAAUAAUUGCUUCGUUAAUUCUUCGGCGUCUUCUUAAUAAGUCGUAAUAAAAUUUUUAUUAAAUAGUGCAACAAUUACAAGAGCAACACCCACAGCAGCAAUUAACACCACAUCCGCAACAAUCAUAGCAACCACUGCUGUCUGGUUGUGAAUGAUCUGGAAUUAUUUCAAUCGGUGGGUUGGGAGCUAUUUCCGGUUGUAUCUCAAUGGGGGGUGCCCAAGCUGUUUGAUCUUCGGGAGGCAUGUGCCACGGUGGAGGUGGAUGAUUUCAUGGAUCAUAAGGAGCAGCCGGCCAUCUUCCUUCGGGGUCAUCACCCAUCAUAUUGUUACACCGGGGUUGCACUGGGAUCAUCCAGUACCAUUCCGAUAUGUCCGUUGAACUGUCAUGUAGUGAAGAAAAAGGGAAAUUAAUAAAUUUGAUAUCGCUGAGUUUUCUGCUGUCACUUAGAGUCAUAAUGGUAAGAUUUCAGAGUCUAUAUUAUUAUGUUAAGUUGUUAAUCUGGUUUUCUAAUCAGAUCUUAUCGUCCAAUGAGAUCGUAAUCAUUUGGGAUAUGUCACAAUGUUCUUUUUAGAUCAAGAUUUUGCGUCAAAAUUAAUCAAUCUGUCAGAUACUUAGAGGAUUAACAUUUUAUUCCUUUAUUACAUCUAUAACUGAAAACCCACAAAGGGAACGAAAAUCAAAAACUUUAUUAAAUCAGAAAAGGCGUAUUUAUUAUUAAUAAUAAUUUUUUUAAAAUUAUUUACGAUACAAUUGAUUAGAUAAUUGGUUAACAUGGUAUGUAUUGAUAAAGUUGGAGUGGUUUCGCUUAAUCAUCCAAAACAUAUGAUUCAUAAGCAUGUUAUCUGCACUUAAUAAUGCGUCAAUUGUGGUAUAUAUUGUUAGGAGGCCUUCAAAUGUGAUAAAUCAAUCGCAAAUCCCGGUGAAUUAAGUGUUUAUUUUAACUUGUGGUUUCUUUAAUAAUAAUUAAUAUGACUAUGCAUGGGCAUCAUGGAGGCCACCAUGGUGGACAUCACGGUGGACAUCACGGUGGACAUCAUGGUGGGCAUCACGGUGGGCAUCAUGGAGGACAUCAUGGUAUACAUCAUGGUAUUCAUCACGGUGGACAUCAUGGUAUACAUCAUGGUAUUCACCACGGUAGUACCCAUCACAGAAUACAUCAUGAUAUUCAUCACAGACCCCACAUACCACCACCUAUAUUAUUUCCACACCAUCGCAGACCAAGAUCAGAGUGUGUUUGCUGCACGAUUCUUUAAAACAAUAUUAAAACUACCACAAAAAUUUAAACAGAAUGAUAAAUAAUUGCUUCGUUAAUUCUUCGGCGUCUUCUUUUUAAAAAAUCGUAAUAAAACUUUUAUAAAAUGGUGCAACAAUUGCAAGAGCAACACCCACAGCAGCAAUUAACACCACAUCCGCAACAAUCACAGCAACCACCGCUGUCUGGUUGUGAAUGAUCCGGAACCAUUUCAAUCGGUGGGUUUUGAGCUACUUCGGGUUGCAUCUCAAUGGGGGGUGCCCAAGCUGUUUGAUCUUCGGGAGGCAUGUGCCACGGUGGAGGUGGGUGAUUCCAUGGAUCAUGAGGAGCAGCCGGCCAUCUUCCUUCGGGGUCAUCACCCAUCAUUCACUUUAUUUAAAUUUUGAAUUAAAACGAAACUUUUUUUCACUUUAUGAUGAUUUGAGGCGCACCAUUUGCACGAAGAACGUGGCCCACACUGAAUAAUUUACUUUUAUUUUUAUGGGUGUUUAUAUUUUUUUGGGGAUUUCAUUAUCUAAUUAUUUGUAAAUUUAUCUAAAUCUAUUUUUGGAUUAUCGAAAGAAUCCGGGGAUUUGGAUUUCAAGUGAAAUCUGGGUUGGAAUUUAAAUCAGAUUAUGAAUCAUUUUUGUUAGGUUAUGGAAUUUUUAUUUUAAGAAAUAAAAUCAAAUCAAAGUAA